UCUCUCUCUCUCUCUCUCUCUCUAGCUGGCAGCCAUCUUGCUUCCUGCAGAGGAGAGCUUCCUGUUUGGGUUUCGUCGUGAGGCCCCUCUGGACGACAGCGUUAAGUUCAUGAGAAUCUGGAGAAACUACGACGCAGACAGCAGUGGCUUCAUACCAGCCGCUCAACUCAAGGGCUUCCUUCAAGAUCUGCUCCUCCACCACAGACACUCCGUCACCCCCGGAAAACUGGAGGAGUACACCGGCACCAUGGUAAAGAUCUUUGACCCAAACGGAGACGGACGACUAGAUCUUAACGACAUGGCCAGAAUCCUGUCGCUGAAGGAGAACUUCCUGCUCAAGUUCAAAAUGGAUGCUUGUUCAUUGGAGGACCGGAUGAGAGACUUUGAGAAGAUCUUUGCUCACUAUGACGUCAGUGGGACGGGGGCUCUGGAGGGGCCGGAGGUUGACGGGUUCGUCAGAGACAUGAUGGAGCUGGUCAAGCCCGGCCUCAGGGGAGCGGACCUAGACCACUUCCGCACGGCUCUGCUGGGCCACUGUGACCUCAACCAGGACGGGAAGAUCCAGAAGAACGAACUGGCCCUCUGCCUGGGACUCAAACUGGGUUAACACCUCCUCCUCCCCUGCUUCCUCCUCCUCCUCCUCCUCCUCCUCCUCUCUCUGCCUGGGACUCAAACUCUGUAAACACCUCCACUGCUAGAACCUCCUCCCUCUCUCCUCCUCCCUCUCUCCUCCUCCCUCUCUCCUUCCUCCUGUUCUUUCUAUCCUUCGUUCUCCCAGCCGAAGAUGUGAUGCUAGCAGUAUUAUGCUAACAGUAUUAGCCUGUUGUAGAAGGUGAUGUCAGGUUGUUACUCAGCUUGUCUUUGUGUCAAAACCUAAACGUUAGAGUUGCAAAGGGUAACAUUUCAACUAGCUCGAGCUUAAGAUAACUCUCUACUCAAAGAUAAUCUCUAGUCAAUGCUAAUCUACUCCGAUUUCAAUAACAUUAUCAAUAAAGCCACAUCUUACUGCUGAUAUAUUCUACAAAUAAAAGAUGAUGCCAGACGUAACUCUCUUUGUUUACAAGAAUUGUACUAUCGUGCCCUCCCACUCACCCUAAACCCCUCCCACUCGCCCUUAACCCCUCCCACUCCCACUAAACCCCUCCCACUCGCCAUUAACCCCUCCCACUCACCCUAAACCCCUCCCAUUCGCCCUAAACCCCUCCUACUCGCCCUAAGACUUAAUCCUGUCGUAUGUUCAGUUGUUUUAUUUGCAUCAGUAUGUUAUUAAAUAUUUCCUUUAAAAUCAGGAUAGAUGAGUAAAGAACGGAGUUUGGUGUUGUUUAUUUCUUUAUAUAUAUUAGCUCCAGAUCUGUCCCAAUGAGACAGAUUAUCUCUCCCUCUCUCUCGCACUAUCUCUCUAUAUCUACCUCUCUUACUGAACUGUUUCUGAACUGUUACCCUCCAACUAUCACAUGUAUCUGUAAAUAAGAGGUCACAGGUUUACAACCGCGACACUGCGGAGCAGUUCCGCCGCUGCACCACAGGGGGGCGCCAGAGGAGCAGCGCCCGGGCGUUGGGGCUUCAUACCGGGGAGGACCUGGAGACGGUCUGCCUCCAGGAACCGCAGCAGGCCUGCAGGCAGGGCGACGUUCAGUAUAGAUGGAUGUCUGUGUCAUGGUGAAACUACCUCGGUCCGUCUCUUUGUCACUGGACAGACCGACGUCAU